AUGCUUAACACAGCACCACUGAGCCAACAAAUUAACCCAGUAAACAGACAAUUAUCUUCAUUUUUGAGCUUCCUUAGUGUUCGUUGGUUGUUGAGAAUGACGACGACGAUGUUCAUUCAAAGAAAUGUUCUUGAAAUGUUUUCAUCUGGGAAUUACCUUGCGUUAGUUUAUCUUUAUAUUCUUAAUUAA